AAAACUUGUUGAAGUACAGCAAGGCAGUGGGCAGGCUACAGAAGCAGACCCAGAAGCAGCUGGUGCACCUUUGGAAGCAGUCCCUGGUGUCAGCGCUGCUGAGCAGAUGCAAACCAGUGUAAGAACCACAGAGCAAAAGAACUCUGCAGUGGAGCUCUGAGUUUUGCUGCCUCUGGCCAAGAACCCAAGUUGUCUUUCAGCUUUGCCAUUCCUAAAGAAGACUGUCCUCUGGUCCCAUUAGUUCCAGCCAGCCAACGUAUGGAGAGUGCAGCAGAUCGUGAGGUGCUGGAUAAUGCAGUGCGUGCUGAAUCAGUAGAUGUGGUGCAGAUUUCAGCAUUGGAGAAAUCUGACAUGGAUCAAAUUGCGAGUGCUGUGCCCAGAGACGAUGAAAGCCAUGUCACACUAAAGAUGUCCAAGCCAGUGAGUGCCCCUGGGGAUAGCACAGUGAUAGAGAAAUCAGCAUCAGAGGGAGCUGCACAAAGGAAGAAAAAGAAGAAGAAACAAAAUGCAUCUGUCAGUAAAAAAGACAUGAAAGAAACUGAGACUGAGAGGAAGGCAAAGGUGGAAGCUAAUGGAUGCCAGAAUAAAGAUGCAGCCCAUCAGGAUGAGACCUCUCAGCAGUCAGAUGACCAGCUGCAGAAAGAGGUGGAUUGGUGUGUGGAACAACUGGAAAUUGGCCUGAAGACACAGAAAUCCACUCCCAAGCAGGUUGAGGAGGCUCUCCGUGCGAUCAGGACGCUGCGCAGUGACAAGGCUCCGCUGGUGAAGAAACGUCAGAUCAUGAGAAACAUAUUUGGAGACUACAGGAAGAAGAUGGAGGAGGAGCUGUGCAAACAGCUGAAGCUUAUGCUAUGUGAUGCAAAAUCUGCCAAGAUCGUGGAAGUGCAGAACAAGAAAUGCCAGGUCAUCAGGAAGCGCCCCGGAGCAGGCAGUAAAAGCCAAGGAUCAGCAGAAUCCCUUCCAGAGUCAGCCAACACCCCUGACACAGGCACAUUCAAAUUCACGGUUUCUCAAGAAGAGUUUCGCUUUAAUUUCUUCUAGGACAAUCUUUUAGAUUGAAACCAUGGCUAAAAACUCUGCUAAAGCUCCUUAAGAAGGAUGCUGUGCUAUAGAAAAUGUUACAGAGGAAUCCCAGUUUAUUUCCUAUGGAAAGGAUUCUCCUUUUGAGUGCCUUCAGAGGUGCAAAACAGAUCUGCCAACCUGGCAUACGAGCCCAAGACUCAAUCUACUCCAGUAGUCCUCCAUGCUCACACUGUAGAAAGUCACCUUUGCAGCAUGGAGUCUGGUAGGCUCUGCUUUUCUUCCUGCAGAAUUUCUGUUAACUUAAGAAUGUCUUUUAUACUGUGAGGUUUUCCCACUCUCCUGUUGCCUUCAAGUAGAGGAGGCCUUUUUUAGCAAGUGAGAAAGCAGCACACACAAAAUGGAAUGCUCUGUGAAGAAGACCCAGUUUCUGCAGAGGGAGAAGAGGGGAGGCAAUCUAAGUGCACCGGCUGUCUGGAUGAAUCCAUUCCACCUGACAGCUGUGCCAUGCAGUGUCAAGGAAGCACAGGGCAGUGUGUAAUUACUGCCAUUCAUAGAGUAAAAAAGUUCAGAAUCUGGGACGAAAAUGAGUGAGAAUCAUCCUUGCUCUUUCAUCUAUUUAAUUGACAGGUGUUGACUUAGAAGAGAACAGCAGUUGCUGAUUUGUUCAAGCCUAGGCAUGUUAGAGCAAUAGUUUCCAGUCAGGGAAAGAUUUGUGUUUCUGAGCUCACUUUUAAGUAGCCCAAGAAUUACUGAGCUGUAUGCUAAACUUUGGGUGGUGGUGAAAAGAGCUGUGGGAGCCCAAAGGUUCUCUUGCAUUUGAUUUGUAUUAAAUUUUUGCUUUCUGAUCGGCUCAA